CCCUUCCGAUUCGCUCCAGCGUUCGACGACCAAGUAGGAAUGCGCGUGGACUACACGUCCCAUUACCAGUAUGACACCGCCGAAGGAGCAGCGGAGUUCGCCGCACUCCUCCCUCACAGUGGACACCUCGUUUAUCUCGACGGCCCUCAGGCCUCAUCGUCGGCCUCCGUCCCCCAAGCGUACACCGUGACCCUAUUCCACCAGUUGAAGUGCCUGGACAUAGUCCGAGCACAGUACGCCGACCCGACGGAUGCACGUCUGCCGCUCACUAACCACUGCCUCAAUUACCUGCGCCAAACGAUCCUCUGCCAUCCUAACACCAGAGUGGAGCCGGCGAUUAACUCGGAAGGGACGGCGGUGAGGGGCUACGAUACAGUUUGUCGGGACUGGACGAAGGUGUACGAGGAGGCAGAGAAGAACGUAGAGGCGCACAGAGCAUGGAGGAACGCGACUGCGGGCAAUACGUGA